GGUCUAUUAAUAGCGGACGCAAGACUGCGAAUGCUGACCCAGAAAGAUUGUAUUCGGCCUGUUCGCUGGCGUACGUGUUUGCUACGCUGGGCUGGACAAUCGACCUUAGUUCAUGCGCCGUGAAGAUGACCUGACGAGGCGUAUUGUGGGUGUCGUGACGGCGGAGUCGUGGACGUGAAGGUGGUGAGGACAGCCGCGCCAGUAGAACAUCCGGCACGCAACAGAUGUCACGACAGGACAUUCCAGGAUUACAGAACUAGGUUUUUCAUAGGCUGACUUGGACGUUGUCUACUGUAACGCGGACAAAACACGGAGUGCGACGUUCAACAAAGAGCGUUGGUUUGGAGCAUGCGAAAGAAGCUGAAAAUUCUUUAGCUUAUGGUUUCCGGUAAGAUGGCGGACGUGGACAUAGAUAACCCAGCCGUUGCUGACUUCCGACGUACACCCAGAAGCAAGUACGCCUGGGUGGUCUUGCUGGCUUCGUUUCUUACCCAGUUUCUUAACCCCGCCUUGAACUACGCAGUAGGGGUGUUCCACGUGGCCUUGUUGGACCGUUACAAUGGCGACGUGACGUUGACGGCCUGGGUUGGCGCCUUGCACAGUUGCAUGUUUGCAUUAGCAGGUCCUAUCGCUGCCCUGGUGACCAACAUGUUUAAUUGUAGAACGUGCGUCUUCAUGUCUGGCAUUCUCGGUCUUGUGGGAUUUGGUGUCAGUGCUCUCGUCACGGACAUCAGAGUGUUAUUCGUCACGUACGCUUUCGUUGCAGGACUCGCUCAAGCCUUUGCUCAGGUUGGCUCAUUGGUAGUUAUUGGAUACUACUUUCCUCAAGAUACGGCUCUAGCUUCAGGAAUAGCAGUCUGCGGAACAGCUCUUGGAAUAUUCGUUCACCCGCCGCUGAUUCAACUGUUUAUCGAAUGGUAUGCACUUCCGGGUGCGUUCUUGUUGGUUGGAGCGUUGGUGUCACAUUGUUGUAUAUUCGGGCUCAUGAUGCGGCCAUCGUCUUUUGAAGUGCUUCGCAGAGCUCAAAAUCGAAGCGGGCGAACCAGGAAGGAGACCAUUCUCUUCGCUGCCUUCGGAGACAUAACAACAUAUAAGAACAUACUCUCCGACUUGUCAUUUAUUGCCUUCAUGCUAAGUACUCUUCUACUUGCUAUGGGAUACUCGGUGCAUAUACUCUUUCUUCCAGAUUAUAUGAAGUCCAACGGGGCAUCAUUGCAAGAAGCAUCAUUAAGUAUAUCCACUUUAGGAAUAGGCAGCUUUGUAUCAAGGCUCCUGUUGGGCGUUUUGUCCAACGACAAGAGGGUAGGUCCAGAGUUGAUAUAUUCUGGCAUUGUGGGAAUAACUGCCGUUACAUCUGUGCUCUUGCCACUCUUAGUUAAAACCGUUGCUGGGCGACUGACCUAUGGAGCGCUCCUUGGUGUUUAUACGGGUGGUGUAUUUGCCCUUCAGAGCACAAUAGCUUUAGACAUUGCCGGAGUAGAACAUUUUGCCAUUGCCUACGGUGCUGUGAUGUCCUUCCUGGGUAUUGGCUAUCUCAUCGGACCACCUAUCGCAGGGUCUAUAUUCGAACUAACCAACAAUUUCAGCUAUGUUUUCGUGUGCUCAUCUGUGAUGUUCUUUGCCUCAGUGACAUUUGGAUUCCUGUCCAUGUUAGGAAGAAAGACCACUGCCCAACAGGGCGACAACACGCUAGACCAGUACGAUUUGGCUGCCACAGAGGAUGACACUUUGGUGUUGAAACUGAAGAAUAUGAAAAUACUCAAUGAGAGCGACAGCUAGUGACAAGGAACUAGUGGAAAUGAAACCAACAAACUACAGACUUUUGCCAUGUGGUUAUUGAAUGGAGCAUCUGUAUCCAGAUUUUUGGUUCAAGGCGAUGUGUCCAGGACUUCAGUCGUAUCAUGUCGCGUCGGCCUAAUUUGCAAAGAAAGCCUGAUGUCAGGGGCGUAGCGACCAUUAUGAAACAAAUCCCGGGCUUACACGUGAUUGUUGCUAAAAAGGUUGGGCAAGCCCUCAAUACUCUUUAAAUAUAAAACUUUGCAAAAAUUGGCUUGCUACGCGCCUUACAUGUACAUCACUUUCAAAAGGAAAACCUAGGGAGCAGUUUUCAGCAAUGGUUUAUUGAUGACGGUCCCAGGAUCAUAAUCACGGUGAAUUCGGCAUUUGAAUUACGAUCAACUGACCAAGAUUUGUAAUUCUCCAUCGUAUUGCAAGAGUGAGUACGGUUUUAAUAGAACCCGGGCCUUCGGAGUCACGCACGAAAGCUUUAACAACUGGACCUACCGGCGUAUUGCAAGAGAAACCAUGUAAGGAUAUGUGAUGGAUCACAAGGGUUGGUGACUGACAUCUAGGGCUGGAUAUUGCCCUGAUUAUCAUAUUCCGAUAUGUUGCAAUAAUUUAAGAGAUUACAAUACAUAUUGUGAUAUAUUGACUGGAUGGUUUCUGCCCAAGUGCGUACAUAAAAAAUUCAUAAUAGCCACACUUUCAGUCUCUCCAUCCCCUUUGUGUAUGGCUGUAUGCCAAUGGUUUACAGAUAGAUAAAUAACAUAGAGCCUUAACGUGGAAUGUAUUGCAACAAAGUGUUGCGAACAUAAUAAUACAGGUAAUAGUAGAACAUUAUUCUCAUGGUCAGUGGUGUUUGCUUAAACAGAAUGUACUUCGGUGCAGUAUGUCAUUAUUGUUACUGUAUGUCAGUGAUUCAUUCAGAUUCAACUCCAGUAUAAACAUGUUUUAACAUGGACUGCUGCAAAAUGAAACAAAAUCCUGUUUAAGGUGAAAUACUUGAAAUUAAAAUCGCAUGUGACUUCCAAUAACUAAGACCCUUGACUGGAAUGUCAUUAUACAGUCGUACAAAAUGUAUAAGACUCAGGUCUUUAUGAUAAAUUGAUAUCAUAUGUCCCAUUAGGAAA